UGAUGAGGAAAACAGCCAGGAUAGCAUUAGCGUUCAAGUUUGUGGCCGUAGCUGCCCUUGUGUAUGCGGCAUUUAAUUAUAAAAGAAUGUUCGAAACCGUGCAUGAAGCCCAACUUCCACCUCCCAAGAUCCUUAACAGGGCCGAGGAGUUUCGAAGCUUUAGUCCAGGCCAAGUAAACCACACCACCCCAGGUACCUGCACUCCGCGAAAGAAAUUCGUGUUUAUCAAGACCCACAAGACGGGGAGUUGUACCACCAUCAACAUCUUCCAGCGGUACGCGAUCUACAACAGACUGCGGGUCCUGAUGCCGGUGGGACAGGGCCCGCUCAGCUGGCCCUUCCCGCCGAGAGAGCAGGACUACGUCCACCAGCCGGACGAACAGUACGACGCGCAGAUGCAUCACUUCGUGUACAAUAAACCAUGGCUACUGUCCAAGUUCCCACCUGACACACCCUACAUAUCUAUCAUCAGGCAGCCAUACAGUCAUCUUAAGUCCGAGUUUAACUACUUCAGGUUCCCACAUCUCCUCGACAUUCAUUCUGAAAAUCCACUCAAGACGUUCCUGACGAACCCCUGGAUGUACAGGAACAAGUCGGAGAUAUUUUUCCCCCACGUGAACGUGUCGUGGGACGGCACACGGAACCCGUUGACUUUCGACUUAGGAUGGCCGGCUGAAAAGGCAGAUAACGAGGAGGACGCUCGAUCGUACAUCAACCAGAUAGAGACCGAGUUCACCUUGGUGAUGAUCUUAGAACACUUGGCCGAGUCGUUAGUUCUUUUGAGGCGUCUGCUCUGCUGGAAUAUAAAAGACGUCGUCCUUUACGCCAGGAAGGAGAACGAGCGUGCGUAUUCCUUCAAGAAGUACGUGGCAACACCAGAGGAGAUGCAGAACCACCGUCGCUGGGCCGCCGUAGACUACAUGCUGUACGACACGUUCAACAAGUCGCUAUGGAGAAAAAUACACAGUCAGGGUCCGGAUUUCUACAGUGAGGUCGAAUACUUCAAGCGUAUCUGUGGUGUCAUUAGCGAUUACUGCAACAAAACUAUGGAAGAAAGCAAAAGAAUGGAUAGAGCCAAAAAGAAUUUGACUGAGGUAAAAAUGGUAGUAAAGGCAUCCCAGUGGAGUCCUGAGUUUGAGGUGGAUCGCACAUACUGUUCCUACAUAACAUCAGUAAAGGUUUAUGCUAUGGAUGUGAGGAUGAGAGGACGUCCGUAUACAAAAGACGAAAUGAGUCGUAAAAUGAUGGAUCAAAAUGCCAACAUUCCACUCAUGCGACGGGGACUACCGUCUUUCUUUACCAGAUACGAGGCUCGUCUGGCUGGAAUUGAUGUGUGAAAAAAACAUUUUAGUCUCUGUCUACAAACGCUAGUCUAA